CCGGAAGAGGAUCAGCCUCACCAUCGCUCGCGGCGCGGUCUCUUCUCGAAGCCGUACACCAUGGAGAUCCUCCUCGUGGUCGACGCGAAGAUGGCGAGAUACCACGGCAAGCAUGUCGACCAAUAUGUCCUCACGCUCAUGUCAAUGGUAUCCCUAAUAUAUAGGGACUCAAGCUUGGGCAAUCUGAUAGACAUAGCGGUGGUGGAGGUAGUGCAUCCGGAAGGUAAAACCUUCGCCAAUAAGAAGCCCGGCAGCAGUCAGAAUGAAGUCUACGGCAAGUCUGCUGAGGAUAUGCUUAAGGACUUCUGCAGGUGGCAGAAACAAGGACUCAAACAAAACCCAAGUCACCCUCGGCGCUUCGACACAGCUUUGCUCCUCACCAGAGAGAACAUUUGCCGCAAUCCCUUCACUCAAAACUGUGACACGUUGGGCCUGGCAGAGCUUGGCACCAUGUGCUCCCGCCACGCCUCCUGCGCCAUCGUCCAGGACAACGGCCUUUCGGCCGCCUUCACCAUCGCCCACGAGCUGGGGCAUCUGCUGAACAUGCCUCACGACAACGACGCGAAAUGCAAGAUACUGAAGGGUAGUGCUUCUGACGACGCUACCGCUGCCGUGCACAUGAACGUGAUGAGCCGCAUGCUCGACCACAACACCUUGCCCUGGAUCUGGUCCAACUGCUCCCGCCACUACCUCACCGAGUACCUGUACGCCGGCCACGCUCGCUGUUUGGAAGACAGUGCGAGCAGCAACAAGCUCGUGGAAGACGAGGUUGAACUCACGCUCGCCGGUGAGCUCUUCAACGCCACCAAACAGUGCCAGUACGUCUUCGGCAAGACCACUAGCAUCUGUCCGUACAUGCCGAAGUGUAAGCGCCUAUGGUGCACGACGUCGCACGACGAGAAGGAGGGCUGCAAGACGCAGCACAUGCCCUGGGCUGACGGCACGCCGUGUGGUGCAGACUCCUGGUGCUUGCGUGGCGAGUGCGUCGUCAAGAACAAGCAAACACUGAAAAAAAUACAGGGGCAGUGGGGAUCCUGGCAACCUUGGAGUGCGUGUUCGCGGACCUGCGGUGUGGGAGUGCAGCGCGCUGAGCGAUACUGCGACGACCCAAAGCCUAAAUUCGGAGGCCGCUAUUGCGUCGGCGAGAAAGUUCGCUACAGAUCUUGUGUCAUGGAACCUUGCCCACGAGGCUCCAGUGCCCUCGACUUCAGGACCCAACAGUGCCAGUCUUACAACGGGAAAAAUUUUGGCCUGCCUGAUAUACCCGAAGAUGUAAAAUGGAUUCCUAAAUAUGCCGGCAUCUUGCACGAGGACUCGUGCAAGCUCUUCUGCCAAGUGUCGAACUCGAGCGUGUCUUACCAGUUGCGGGAGAAGGUGGACGACGGCACCACGUGCGGUCCUGACACUUAUGACAUCUGCGUCAACGGCAAGUGUCGCGGCGCAGGCUGCGACUAUGUGCUCAACUCUACCGCCAGGGACGACUACUGUGGGGUGUGUGGCGGCGACAACUCGACGUGUCAGCUGACGACGGGGGGCCUGCAGGAGAGCAGGAGCUGGGGCUACAGCGAUGUCACCAUCAUACCUGAGGGCGCUGCCAGGGUCGAGAUCACUCAGCGGGCGUUCCAUGACAAAGCCGACGAUGACAACUAUCUUGCUCUAGUUGAUCUGGAGACCGGCGAGUAUUUGCUCAACGGACACUGGAUCGUGACGCCAUUCCAGAAAGUGGUGGAGUUUUCCGGCACGAUGCUGGAGUACUCAGGCUCCAAUACUGCCAUCGAGAGGAUUAAUUCCACUAAGCCUCUGCAAAAAAAGCUUCUAGUUCAGAUAUUGUCGGUUGGGAAGUUGCAUCCUCCGUAUGUUCGUUACAGCUACACCAAGAGCGACCAUUUGUCUGAGCCUACUUACCUGUGGCGCCUCGGUGACUGGACUAACUGCACCCAGCCUUGCAUAGGCACGCGGGAGCGCAGCGCGUACUGCGUAAGGAACGCAGCAGGCCACCGCGUG